AUGAAGUGGCUAGUGACAAUCAGUGUGGUGUCCCUGCUGCUUCUCCUCGUGGGUGUUGAGGGCACCGACCCACUGGAAGACAGAAUGAAGCUUCAGGAGUUGACCAGAAGUAAAAAGUCACUGAUAUUGAAGCUGCUGGCUGGCUUGUUGGAAAUUGAUGAUCAUCUUUCUGAAAGUGGCUUUAUGUAUUCGAACACAGAAGAGGCAGAAGAGACUUCACGUGAGGGGAGGUCAGUAGCUGGAGGAAUCCCUCGGAGAGAGCAGAAAGCUCCCUGCAAACUGUUCUUUUGGAAGACUUUUUCACACUGUUAA